AUGAAGCUGCUCCUCAGCGUGUACGGCCUUCUGGGCCUCGUCUCGGCGGCAGCCCUCCAGCCCCGCAAGGUCUCGUACGAUGGGUUCAAGGUCGUCCGUGUGCCCGUCGGCAUGGACGCCUCCAAGGUGACCGACAUCGUGUCCCAGCUUGGGCUGUCCACCUGGAAGGGUGCACCCCAGGCGGGCCGCUUUGCCGACAUUGUCGUCGCGCCCGAGAAGUUCGACGCCUUCACCAAGGCGACUCAGGGCAUGGAAGUGUCGGUCAUGCACGAGAACCUCGGCGAGUCAAUUGCCCAGGAGUCUGAGUUCCCCGACUUCUCUGUCGCCGCCGUCAACUCGACCUGGUUCAAUGCCUACCACUCCUACGCCGACCAUCUCGGCUUUCUCAAAGGACUUCAACAGCAGUACCCGUCUCAGUCAGAGAUUGUCACCUCGGGCAGCUCGCUCCAGGGCAACGCCAUUACCGGCAUCCACCUCUGGGGCAGCGCCGGCAAGGGCGUCAAGCCAGCCAUCGUCAUCCACGGCACCGUGCACGCCCGCGAGUGGAUCGGCACCAUGGUUGUCGAGUACUUUGCCUACAACCUGCUCACCAACUACGCCUCCAGCAGCGAGAUCAAGGGCUUCGUCGACAAGUACGACUUCUACUUCUUCCCAGUAGUGAACCCGGACGGCUUCAUCUACACCCAGACCACCGACCGCCUGUGGCGCAAGAACCGCCAGUCCACCUCGGGCUCGUCGUGCGUCGGCCACGACAUCAACCGCAACUGGAACUACCAGUGGUCCGUCAGCGGUGGCGCCUCCACCAACCCCUGCGCCGAGGACUUCAAGGGCACUUCGGGAGGCGACACCCCAGAGUUCAAGGCGCUGUCCUCGUGGCUGUCGGGGAUCAAGUCCAAGCAGGGCCUCAAGCUCUUCAUCGACUACCACUCGUACUCCCAGCUCUUCAUGACUCCCUACGGCUACUCAUGCACAGCAGUCUCAACCAAGAACACCGAGCUCCAGUCGCUCGCCCGCGGCGCCGUCGCGGCCAUCAAGGCCCAGUCGGGUUACACGUACCAGUACGGCCCGAUCUGCAGCACCAUCUACAAGGCCACGGGCAGCAGCGUCGACUACGUCAACGACGUCAUCGGCUCCGACUACACCUUCACCUCGGAGCUGCGCGACACGGGCAACUACGGCUUCGUUCUGCCGGCCAACCAGAUCCUGCCCAGCGGCCAGGAGGCGUAUGCCGGGUUCAGAUAUCUGCUGCUCAACAUGAGGUAA